GCGAGCUGUGAAGCUUGCAAUUUACGAUCCACAAGGUCCACAUUUGCUAAGGAUAUCAUGGCAACAUAAACAGCAUCUUCCCCGCAGUCGUGAGCACCCACCCAAUAAAAAUCAAAGUAAUAACAAAGGAAAAAGUGUUCCCUUAGUGCUAGUGCGUGUGUAUAUUGCCCUGAGAACUGUAGUCAGCAUAUGCCCCCAGAUUGUGUGUGGGCACAUAUUGAAUUUGCAUGGAGUUAUAAAUAAAUUAACCCCGGAAUAUUACAAACUUAAACUGACAUAACACAAAAGCAAAAAAGGAAUAUAACAAGCUGCCUAAUCUUCCAGUGAAUAUUAAAAAGGAAAUUUAAAACACCGCUGAGACCUGUUGAAUAAGAAUUUUUAACUAUGUAUGGAAUGCUUUACGAGAGUGUGCAGCACUAUGUGCAGGAGGAGUAUGGCGUGGAUAUAUGGAAGAAGGUGUGCCACAUUAUCGACUGCAAGCACAACAGCUUUAAGACUCACCAGAUCUAUCCGGAUAAGUUGAUGCCGGACAUCGCCGAGGCUUUGUCCGCUUGCACAGGCGAGUCCUUCGACUUCUGCAUGAACUUCUUUGGGCGGUGUUUUGUUCGGUUCUUCAGCAAUUUUGGCUACGACAAGAUGAUCCGCUCUACGGGACGUUAUUUCUGUGACUUCCUGCAGUCCAUUGACAACAUCCAUCUGAUUAUGCGGUUUACCUACCCCAAGAUGAAGUCACCCAGCAUGCAGUUGACUAAUAUGGAUGACAACGGAGCUGUGAUUCUGUAUAGGAGCAGUCGGACAGGCAUGUCCAAAUACUUAAUUGGCCAGAUGACGGAGGUGGCUCGGGAGUUUUAUGGCCUGGAGAUUAAGGCCUACGUGAUUGAGAGCCAGAACGACAUCAGCGGAGGAACUGCUGGUCCCAUCAAGUUAACCGAAGGACCACUGACCGUAAUUGUUAGGUAUCGAUUGGACUUCGAUAACCGGGAGUACAUGGCCAAGCGCGUCAAUACGGAGGCACAUCCUUCACAGUUAAAAAUGCCCACAGUAAAACUUGAUGUGUUCCUUGACCUUUUCCCCUUCACUUUUGUGUUGAACCACGAUAUGAAAAUCACUCAUGCCGGAGAGAAGAUUGUGGAGACGUGGAUUAUGCACAAUCCUGGAGCCAAUCCAAAGGGCUUCAUUGGUACCCACGUCAUGGACCUCUUUCACUGCCGUCGUCCGAAAGACACCGCUAUCGACUGGGAUACCCUCAUCCAGAUGAGAGCGGUGCUCUUCGAGUUCGAACUUAUCCGCACAGGACACAACCGAGCUGCUUACGAUGCCGUUUUGAAUAUGGACUUUGAGAACUACGAUGAGAUGGAUUUAAAUGAGGCGCAGACGAUGGCGCUAGCCAAGGCGAAGGAGUUCAAUGAAGCCCAUCCGGUGGACGCAGAUGAAGCUUCGGGAGAGGACGAGAUUGACCCGGCCACAGGAGAACGUAGAUCUUCCCAGGGCCUGCGGUCUAUCUUGUUGAAGGGUCAGAUGUUCUAUAUCAAGGAUGUGGACUCACUGAUCUUUCUCUGCAGUCCUCUAAUCGAAAAUCUGGAUGAGCUGCACGGAAUAGGUCUAUACCUAAAUGAUCUCAAUCCACAUGGACUGAGCCGAGAGUUGGUCAUGGCCGGAUGGCAGCAUUGCUCUAAGCUGGAGAUUAUGUUCGAAAAAGAAGAGCAGCGCUCUGAUGAGUUAGAAAAGUCUCUGGAACUGGCCGAUUCUUGGAAACGACAGGGUGAUGAACUCCUAUACUCAAUGAUUCCGCGACCCAUUGCAGAAAGAAUGCGGCUCAGCCAGGAACAGGUCUGUCAGAGCUUCGAAGAAGUAUCUGUCAUCUUCCUGGAGGUAAUGAACGUUUAUGAUGAAGGCCUGAAUAGUAUUCAAGGAGCUAUGCAGGCUGUGAACACAUUGAACAAGGUCUUUUCGGCCCUGGACGAGGAGAUCAUCUCGCCAUUUGUUUAUAAAGUGGAAACCGUUGGAAUGGUAUACAUGGCGGUAUCGGGUGCUCCUGAUGUGAAUCCCCUUCAUGCCCAGCAUGCUUGCGAUUUGGCUUUGAGGGUAAUGAAGAAGUUCAAGGCCCACAAUAUGGGUGAUGUGGCCAUUCGAGUGGGCAUCAAUUCAGGACCCGUUGUGGCCGGAGUCGUAGGCCAAAAGGUACCCAGAUAUUGUCUGUUUGGGGACACCGUUAACACCGCCUCACGAAUGGAGAGCAGCAGCGACCCCUGGAAGAUCCAGCUAUCGAAGUACACCGGGGAAAAAGUACAGCAAGUUGGCUAUAAAGUAGAAUCUCGAGGCACCGUCAAGGUCAAAGGCAAGGGCGAGAUGGAGACCUAUUGGCUGCUGGAGGGACCUGAGGGUUAAAAAUAUAGAACAUUUAAAGCAUCUUGAUGUUAGGCACCAU